AUCAAAUCCCGGGGCCCGCCCACAUCCCCGCGGGUUCCGCUCGCGACCGCUGUACAAAAUGGCGAAGAUCGCCAAGACUCAUGAAGAUAUUGAGGCACAGAUCAGAGAGAUCCAGAACAAGAAAGCAGCUCUUGUUGUAGAAGGAGAUGCUGAUGGAGUUGGUCUUGAUUCAACUGGUUACUAUGAUCAGGAGAUAUAUGGUGGGAGCGACAGCAGAUUUGCAGGAUAUAUGACAUCAAUUCCUGCACAUGAACAAGAAGAGGAUGAUGAUGACUAUUCGUCUCCAAGCUUGCUUGGUCAGAAGAAACCUGGAUAUCAUGCACCAGUGGCACUAUUAAAUGAUAUACCACAAUCAACUGAGCAGUAUGAUCCAUUUGCUGAACAUCGACCGCAGCGAAUUGCUGAACGGGAAGAUGAGUACAAAGCACGUAGGAGACAGAUGAUUAUUUCACCUGAACGUCAUGACCCGUUUGCAGAUGGUGGAAAGACACCAGACCCUAAGGUCCAUGCCAGAACUUACAUGGAUGUUAUGCGAGAACAGCAUUUAACAAAGGAAGAGAGGGAAAUAAGGCAACAGCUUGCUGAGAAAGCUAAAGCUGGAGAUCUUAAGGCAGUCAAUGGAUCAGCCCAACAGCCUGCUAGGCGCAAGCGUCGCUGGGAUCAGACAGCAGAUCAAACUCCCAGUGCCACACCCAAGAAAGUAUCCAGCUGGGACCAAGCAGAGACUCCUGGGCAUACACCUGGACACACACCUGGGCACACACCUGGCCACACUCCAGGACAUACCCCUGGUCACACUCCUGGAAACACUCCUUCUCAGAGCCGAUGGGAUGAAACACCUGGUCGUUCAAAAGGCAGUGAGACUCCUGGUGCAACCCCAAGCACAAGAAUGUGGGAGCCUACUCCUAGCCACACGCCAGCAGGGGCUGCUACACCUGGACGAGAUACACCUGGGCAUGCUACGCCAGGUCACGGAGGCGCAACUUCCAGUGUGCGCAAAAAUAGAUGGGAUGAAACUCCAAAAACAGAUAGGGAAACACCUGGGCAUGGCAGUGGCUGGGCUGAGACACCGCGGACAGACCGUGGAGGUGAUUCUAUAGGUGAAACGCCAACCCCUGGUGCAAGUAAAAGAAAGUCUCGUUGGGAUGAAACACCAGUUAGUCAAUUGGGUGGCAGCACUCCAUUGCUUACUCCCAGUGGAAUUACACCAAAGGGCACACCCGCAAUGGCUAUGGCAACUCCUACACCAGGUCAUUUGAUGAGCAUGACACCUGAGCAACUACAGGCAUGGCGUUGGGAGCGGGAAAUUGAUGAAAGAAAUCGCCCACUUACAGAUGAGGAACUGGAUGCAAUGUUCCCUGAAGGCUAUAAGGUCCUUCCACCUCCAGCUGGUUAUGUCCCAAUCCGAACACCUGCUCGUAAACUGACUGCAACCCCAACACCACUUGGAGGCCUAACUGGAUUCCACAUGCAGUCCGAAGAACGCAGCGCAAAGAACAUGAAUGACCAGCCCUCUGGGAAUCUUCCAUUCCUGAAACCUGAUGACAUACAAUAUUUUGACAAAUUACUGGUUGAAGUUGAUGAAUCGACAUUAAGUCCAGAAGAGCAAAAGGAAAGAAAGAUAAUGAAAUUGCUUCUAAAAAUAAAGAAUGGUACUCCACCAAUGAGGAAGGCCGCUUUGCGUCAAAUAACUGAUAAAGCCAGAGAAUUUGGAGCUGGACCCCUGUUCAAUCAAAUUCUUCCACUGCUGAUGUCCCCAACACUUGAAGACCAAGAGCGUCACUUGCUGGUUAAAGUUAUUGACCGAAUUCUGUACAAAUUAGAUGACUUAGUUCGACCAUACGUGCACAAGAUACUUGUGGUUAUUGAGCCUUUGCUGAUUGAUGAGGACUAUUAUGCUAGAGUGGAAGGCAGAGAAAUUAUCUCAAACUUAGCAAAGGCUGCCGGUCUUGCAACAAUGAUUUCCACUAUGCGUCCUGAUAUCGAUAACAUGGAUGAGUAUGUGCGUAACACGACAGCUAGAGCCUUUGCUGUUGUUGCUUCGGCUCUGGGUAUUCCAUCACUGUUACCUUUCCUUAAAGCUGUGUGUAAAAGCAAGAAAUCAUGGCAGGCUCGGCAUACAGGAAUCAAAAUUGUACAGCAGAUUGCCAUUCUAAUGGGUUGUGCCAUCUUGCCUCAUCUGAGGAGCUUGGUUGAAAUUAUUGAACAUGGUCUGGUUGACGAACAGCAGAAGGUUCGAACCAUUAGUGCCCUGGCUAUUGCUGCCUUGGCUGAAGCUGCAACUCCUUAUGGUAUUGAAUCAUUUGAUUCUGUUCUAAAACCAUUGUGGAAGGGUAUUCGUCAGCACAGAGGCAAAGGUCUGGCCGCCUUCUUAAAGGCUAUUGGAUAUCUUAUUCCUCUCAUGGAUGCUGAAUAUGCUAAUUACUAUACUCGUGAAGUGAUGUUGAUCCUUAUCCGAGAGUUUCAGUCUCCUGAUGAAGAAAUGAAAAAGAUUGUGCUCAAGGUGGUGAAACAGUGUUGUGGAACAGAUGGUGUGGAAGCCAACUACAUCAAGACUGAAAUCCUUCCCCCGUUCUUCAAGCACUUUUGGCAACAUCGAAUGGCAUUGGACAGAAGGAACUACAGACAGUUAGUUGACACCACAGUGGAACUUGCAAACAAAGUUGGAGCAGCUGAAAUAAUAUCCAGAAUAGUUGAUGACUUAAAAGAUGAAGCCGAACAAUACCGAAAAAUGGUGAUGGAAACCAUUGAAAAGAUUAUGGGUAACUUGGGAGCUGCAGAUAUUGAUCACAAACUGGAGGAACAGCUUAUUGAUGGUAUCCUGUAUGCCUUCCAGGAACAGACUACUGAGGAUUCUGUAAUGUUAAAUGGUUUUGGUACAGUGGUAAAUGCAUUAGGUAAGCGAGUGAAGCCCUAUUUACCCCAGAUUUGUGGUACAGUAUUGUGGCGUCUAAACAACAAAUCAGCCAAAGUGCGACAGCAAGCUGCAGAUCUCAUCUCUCGAAUUGCAGUUGUCAUGAAGACAUGUCAAGAGGAAAAGCUAAUGGGCCACUUGGGUGUUGUACUAUAUGAAUACCUUGGCGAAGAGUACCCUGAGGUUCUGGGUAGCAUCCUGGGAGCACUUAAAGCUAUUGUAAAUGUUAUAGGUAUGCAUAAGAUGACACCGCCUAUAAAGGAUCUACUUCCACGCCUUACUCCAAUCCUAAAGAAUAGGCAUGAGAAGGUUCAGGAGAAUUGUAUUGACCUGGUUGGGCGAAUUGCUGAUCGAGGUGCAGAGUAUGUAUCUGCUCGUGAAUGGAUGAGGAUCUGCUUUGAAUUAUUAGAACUUUUGAAAGCACACAAAAAAGCCAUCAGAAGGGCAACAGUAAACACUUUUGGCUACAUUGCAAAAGCUAUUGGUCCCCAUGAUGUAUUGGCCACACUGUUAAAUAAUCUGAAGGUUCAAGAGCGCCAGAACAGAGUCUGUACCACAGUAGCUAUUGCCAUUGUGGCAGAAACAUGUUCGCCGUUCACAGUGUUACCUGCCUUGAUGAAUGAGUACAGAGUUCCUGAACUGAAUGUCCAGAAUGGAGUGCUUAAAUCUCUUUCGUUUCUAUUUGAGUACAUUGGAGAAAUGGGAAAGGAUUACAUUUAUGCGGUUACUCCAUUGCUUGAAGAUGCUUUAAUGGACAGAGACCUGGUUCACAGACAGACAGCAAGUGCGGUUGUGCAGCAUAUGUCGCUGGGAGUAUAUGGAUUUGGCUGUGAAGAUGCAUUGAAUCACUUGUUAAAUUAUGUAUGGCCCAAUGUUUUUGAGACAUCACCACAUGUUAUUCAGGCAGUCAUGGGAGCAUUGGAGGGUUUAAGGGUCGCAUUAGGUCCUUGUAGAAUGUUACAGUAUUGUUUACAGGGCUUGUUCCAUCCAGCUAGGAAAGUACGUGAUGUAUACUGGAAAAUCUACAACUCCAUCUACAUUGGUUCGCAGGAUGCCCUAAUUGCACAUUAUCCAAGGAUCUUCAAUGAUGAAAAGAAUACACAUGUCCGCUAUGAACUUGAUUACAUCUUAUAAAAUGGACUUAAAUCCGUGCAUUGUCUUUGUUGUCUGCUAUUUUCCUGCAUUGAUAUUGCCCAAUCUUAUGCUGUGCUUCGGAUGUGACGUGAUAAGAGUUUGAAAUACAAACAUUAUCCUCUUGUUGGAGCAGAUUGUAAAGUAGUAAGUGAAUAAAUAGGGCUAGUAGCACAAUUUUAUUUUAAAUAGGACUUGUAGACCAUAAAUCCUGUAUCAUUAUUGUUCUUGAUGUUAAAUAACUAAAUCUUAUAGUGACCAACAGGAUGAUGAAUACUGAAUUUACAAUUCAUUUAAAUUUGUCUUUAUUGAGAUUUAGGUUUCAUUCCUUGUGUUAAAGGGUUGUUUCUAACAAAAAAAUAAACAAAAAGUCUGAUUCCAGUUUAUAUUUCUCAAGUUCUUUUGGGUUUUUUUAAGUAAGUUUUAAAUUGACUAGUUUUCAAAUAAGGAUCAUGUUGUCUUCAUUUAAUUUUUUUGUAUGCUGGUUGAAUUUCCCCACUUCCUUUGCAUGACCAACUGUAUCUUUUCUACUUUUGCUAAAAUACAAUGGUUCACUUUGCACAACUUUCUACAGUUUGUGACAAAGAUCUUCAGAACUAACUUGUGAAAAGAUAUGUAAGAUAAUGAAUUGUGCAUGAACUACCUUAUUCAAAGCAAACGAGAGAUCCCUACUCCUUAGCAAAUUGUCUGCAAACAAAUUAACAGUCUGAAAAUCACAAGUGAACUAAUUGAGUUUUGAAAUUAUGCCCUUGCAAGCUUUAAAAUGGCUAUUUAUUUCACUGGAACAUUUCUGACCCCCAUUAUGCCAUUAUUAUGCCGUCUUUGGUGAACAUUAAGGAGACUUGCACUGUGGUUCCUGGCCCGUGGAGCUAAGUUAGUUAGUUAAAAUGUGCUUGGUUACCAACUAUUGAAACGCUCCAGAAAGGCUAAAAAUGCAUUUGUUAUAUUUUGGACCAGGCAUUUUAGGAUUAUCUACUCUGGAUUUCUCAGCUUCUUAACAAUGACAUUUGUAUUGGCUAAUUCCUCCAGUUUGUGGAGAUAAAUUCAAUAAGUUCUGCUUCAUAUCAUUAAAUCUUUCCAACUAAUGUUGUAAAUACUUUAUAUUCUCUAUUGUGUAAUAUUUAUAAAUCCUUUGGUUACAGCUAGUUGCAUAAAGCAAACUCAAUAUGAACUUCAGGAUUAAUGUUAAGAUCCCACUCUGGCAUGUUGAAAUUUGACAAUUUGUGAAACCAACCAACAUGAUGAACUCGUCACUCGUUAAUUAUGUGGUCAGGUUCACUUAUGAUAUCUUAAUCCACAACUAGCAAGCUUGUACCUUUGCUUUCAUUUGAAGAAUUUAGUGUAGGUAAACUUGGUGUUUUAAUAAAUAUAUCUCUCUGUUA